AGGUUUCAAGAUGGCGGUUCCCGGGUGGUUGACCGAGGGGCAGAGGUGAAGGCCCCUUCGCAGAGAGUCCUCCGGGACCGCCCGCUAGCUGCUCUCGCCGUCCCGGGAGCCUCGCAGUCGUGUGAGUGCGUGGGGACUCGGUGCUCCGUUUUCCGCGACCCUCCCCGGGGCCUGCGAAGCCUUCUCUGAAACACCAGGCCCAGAGGCCGCGCUCUUCCUCCGCUGGGCCCGGGGUGGCGGGAGCCUCGGGUUUCAGGGCUCGGGGCCGGCCUGGCACUGCGUCCGACGGGUUCUCGGGCGGGAUCUCCCGCCGGGUCAGACCCACCGCCCGAGUGCGGCGACCGGUGGCGGCGGGCUGACGUCUAGCCGCUCGAGUCGCUAUCAACCGUCGCUAUGGUUUCGGCAGUUGCUGUGAGGCCUCCUGGAGUGGACCCGGACCGGACCGGACCGGUCGGGUUGCGUUUGUGCUGCCUGGGUUCCCAUGGUCUUUUGACCUUGUCUCUGCCAACGUUUGCAGGCAGAGGCACUAUGGUCUUGUAAAAAUUCUCCUUGACUCGUAGCUGAUUGGUUUUUAGUUUUUUUUUUUUUUAAUGAAGAAGUAAAUCAUAUAAAUUGUCACCAUGGGACGAAGAUCAACAUCCUCCACCAAGAGUGGGAAGUUUAUGAACCCCACAGACCAAGCCCGAAAGGAAGCCCGAAAAAGAGAACUGAAAAAGAACAAAAAACAGCGCAUGAUGGUCCGGGCUGCAGUUUUGAAGAUGAAAGACCCCAAACAAAUUAUCCGGGACAUGGAGAAAUUGGAUGAAAUGGAGUUUAACCCAGUGCAGCAGCCACAGUUGAAUGAGAAAGUACUGAAAGACAAGCGAAAAAAGCUGCGGGAAACCUUUGAACGCAUUCUACGCCUUUAUGAAAAAGAAAACCCAGAUAUUUACAAAGAACUGAGAAAGCUGGAAGUGGAAUAUGAACAGAAGAGAGCUCAGCUGAGCCAGUACUUUGAUGCUGUUAAGAAUGCUCAGCAUGUGGAAGUAGAGAGCAUCCCUUUGCCAGACAUGCCGCAUGCUCCUUCCAACAUCUUGAUCCAGGACAUUCCUCUUCCUGGUGCACAGCCCCCCUCCAUCCUGAAGAAAACCUCAGCGUAUGGGCCUCCAGCUCGGGCCGUGUCUAUCCUUCCUCUCCUGGGACAUGGUGUUCCCCGCUUGCCCCCUGGCAGAAAACCGCCCGGCCCUCCACCUGGCCCCCCUCCUCCUCAGGUUCUGCAGAUGUACGGCCGGAAAGUGGGCUUCGCUCUAGAUCUUCCCCCUCGGAGGCGAGAUGAGGACAUGCUGUAUAGUCCAGAGCUUGCUCAGCGGGGUCAUGACGAUGACAUGUCCAGCACCAGUGAAGACGACGGCUAUCCUGAGGACAUGGAUCAGGAUAAGCAUGAUGACAGUACUGAGGACAGUGACACUGACAGGUCAGAUGCAGAGAGUGACGGGGAUGAGUUCGGGCACCGCGAGGACAGUGAGCGCGACAACACUGAGGAGAAGAAGUCAGGUCUAAGCGUCAGAUUUGCUGAUAUGCCUGGGAAAUCAAGGAAGAAGAAGAAAAACAUGAAGGAGCUGACUCCUCUUCAAGCCAUGAUGCUGCGAAUGGCAGGUCAGGAAAUCCCUGAGGAAGGACGGGAAGUGGAGGAAUUUUCAGAGGAGGAGGAUGCCGACGACUCGGAUGAUUCUGAAGCCGAGAAGCAGUCGCAGAAGCAGCAUAAAGACGAUGGCCACUCUGACAGCACGGCUGCAGCCUCUUCCCAGCAGCAGGCUCCUCCACAGUCUGCUCCUGCUUCUCAGAUACAAGCCCCUCCCAUGCCAGGACCACCACCUCUUGGACCACCACCUGCCCCACCCUUACGGCCUCCUGGACCACCUACAGGCCUUCCUCCUGGGCCGCCUCCAGGGGCUCCUCCAUUCCUGAGACCACCUGGAAUGCCAGGAAUCCGAGGGCCUUUACCACGACUUUUACCUCCAGGACCACCACCAGGCCGACCUCCUGGCCCUCCCCCAGGCCCACCUCCAGGUCUGCCCCCUGGACCCCCUCCUCGGGGACCCCCACCAAGGCUACCUCCUCCUGCACCUCCAGGUAUCCCUCCUCCUCGUCCUGGCAUGAUGCGCCCACCCUUGGUUCCUCCUCUUGGACCUGCCCCGCCUGGCCUUUUCCCACCAGCUCCCUUGCCCAACCCAGGGGUGUUGAGUGCCCCACCCAGCCUCAUUCAGCGACCGAAGGCGGAUGAUGCAAGUGCCGCCACCAUCGAGAAGAAAGCCACAGCGACCAUCAGUGCCAAGCCCCAGAUCACCAAUCCCAAGGCAGAGGUCACACGGUUUGUGCCCACUGCACUGAGGGUACGCCGAGAGAAUAAGGGGGCUACUGCUGUUCCCCAAAGAAGGUCAGAGGAUGACUCUGCUGUGCCUGUUGCCAAAGCAGCCCCGAGAUCUGGUCCUUCAGUUGCUGUCUCAGUACAAACUAAGGACGAUGUUUAUGAAGCCUUUAUGAAAGAGAUGGAAGGGCUGCUGUGACAGGGCCUCCUGCCAGGACAGGCUUCUGUUCAGAGUACUGGUUUGUGGAACAAGAGGCUCUUAUUACAGUGAAGAGCAAUGUCCACUGUCAGGUGUUUUCCAAGUCCAGUUCCAGGAGCCUCCUCAUGUUUGCCUGCUGGGAUCCCUGCACAAGGUGUUUCUUUACAAUAGACCAGGAUGUGAAGCACUGCUGCUAACCCCUGCUCCCUGUGACAUCACCAUCUCCUCCCUCUCUUCCUCUCUCCAUUUUGGGAAUUCUGUCAGCGAGGUCUUAGUUACUUGUUUUUGACUCAUGUGCCGUGGGCACUAGAGUAGAGAAUUCUGGAGGAAAAAAGUUUAUUUCAUCUUGACUUUUGUGUUUGAGUUAUUUUUAAUAUUUUCCUGUAAAUAUUUUGUAAUAUUUUCCUUGUAGUGAAAUGGAUUACAGUAUCAUUUCCUAAUUCAAAACAGGAUAUGUGGGAAGAAAAUAUACAAUUCUGGGAUUAAAGUUACUUCCCACAAGC